AUGGGGCUCCGAGUCACGUGCUUCCACUGGUCGAGGGACCUGUCGAGCUCGGCCCAACACGGCCCCGGGGGUGCCUCCUUCACCCCUGGGGCACUGGCCUCGCCACCCAGUGCCGGUGGCCUCGCCCACCACCGGACGUGUUUGCGCGGCUCACCCCUUGGGUAUCCCUCGGCCAGACGGAUCCAUCGUGCGCCCCGCUACCUGUGGAGUACCGUGCCGGAGAGCCAGAGCGGCCCACGACUGAGCCGCCCGGCCGAGGGAUACCCAUGGUGUGAGCAGCCCGAGCAAAAUUGGUGGGGGGCGAGGCCACCAACACUGGCUGGCGAGGCCAGUGUCCCGGGGGUGGAGGGUGCACCCCAGGGACCGUGCAGAGCUGAGCUCAGCGGGUCCCUCGACUGGUGGUACCGCGUGCUUGAGGCCCCAUUCCGCGCUAGCAAAUGGUGA